CUUUAUCAUAAAUUAUCUUACAAUGGUUCAUUUAUUGUUCAAUCUGCUAAUAAUAAAAAGUAUGAAAGAUAUGAAAUACCAGAUUUUAAUAUUUUGCCUGAAAAAAAACAACAAAUUAAUAUAGAAUAUAGAGGUUGUAAAUUCAAUAUCGUGUAUAAAUUGCAAGAAAAUAAUAACAAUAAUAAUCAAAGUUAUCCUCAACCUCAAUUAUACUACUAUAAAGAACCAGAUCUAGUGCCUUCUAUUUUUUUAUUAGUUAUUAAUAAUAACUCAAGUUCAAAUAACAAACUUGACAUUAAUGCAAUUACUGAAUUCAUUAGAAAUUGGAACAGAGUUCAACUUUUAUCAGACUUGAAUAGUUUGGAAACUAUUGUAUUAGAUGAACCACAAGAAAUAUUAUUGAAAAGAGAAUUAGAUUCUUUUGUUAAUGACAAAGAGUUUUACAAAAGAAUUGAUCUCUAUUAUCUUAAUCUCAAAGAAAUUAAAAAUGAUAAUAAUAUGAGUACUGCUUUUAGUUCUGUUCUACCAAAUCAAAUAAUUGUUCUUGAAAAUAUUAAUACACAAUCAAAUAUUUUUUAUAAAAAAGAUAUUAGCUACCCAAAUUAUUAUAACUUUAUAUCUGAAGAUUUUAUAAAAGAAAAUGAUGAUCUAUCAAAAUAUAAGAAUUUAUUUUUAUUUAUAAGUUUAUCUAAUUUUCUUGAAUGUUUGGAUGGACAAAUAUUAUCAGAAGGCACGAUAAUUAUCAUGACAACUAAUCAUAUUAAACAUCUUGACCCGCAUG